GUUGUGAGAAUAAGGCCACGCAGACCAUAAGAGUUAAGAAGCACUAUAGAAGAUAAGGUAAGAGAAAGGGGAAUUAAGGACAUGGCAAAAGCUGGAAGUUGGAUAUCAUCAUCAAGAAGCUGCAUAAACACUAUACCAAGAGGAGAACCUACUAAACCUUUCGUCUAUUUUCCCCCAAGGGCCACCAACAACACCAAAGCUUCAUUAAAAGGAAAUGACUACUCAUUGAUAACAAAAAGAAGCCAAAGGGGUUCUAAGCGUUUGGUGAGGAUUUCUACUUCAGAAGGCAGAUGGCAUGGGGAAUGGAACAGUGACUACAUUUUCUCUCUUAGAGAUCUUCAACUUGAAGAUUUAGCUGAAGAUGUUCAUAGAGAUACUCAAGUUUCAAUUAAUCUCUCUAUCCACAAGCAUGCAGGCUUCGGCCUAUCGGUGGAUGGAAGAAUUAUGACAUCUUUCACCAGAAAAUGUAGCAACUGCUCUUCCCCAUACUGCAGAGAGAUUGAUACAAGCUUUAAAGUUUGGGUAUUACCAUCAAGCAGACAGAAAGGAUCUACAGAUGAACUUCCAGUGCUUGGUGGGGAUGAUCCAUCUGUUAUCUAUGUGAAACCAGGAUUUGAAGCUGACCUUGAUUCUUUAAUACAAGAUACCAUUAGACUUGCUACCUCUGUAAAAGAGACUUGUUCAGAAUCAUGUGAGAAAUCUGAACCUAAAUUACUGCCUUUGGGUAAACAGAAUACUGCUUCAAUUGAUAGGAGGUGGUCCAGAUUAUUGGAGCUCAAGAAGUCAUGAAAUCUCAAUAGCAAUAGAAGGCAAGGCAAAUGUAUCACUGUAAAAAGAAUAUAUUAGGAAUAAAAUAAACAUAUUACUUUCUCCUUUUGUUGAAACUCCUAGUUUUCAUACACUAUACUAUAGUCUUCGAAAUUGAAUGUUAGUUCAACUGAAAA